UGCGAGAGUGUGAGUGCGGCGAGAAGAUGGCGGCGGCGGGGGACGCGGCGUGAGGAGCCGGAGCCGUGCCGAGCCCCAUUGAGUCGGGCCGCCAUGGCCCUCCACAACCCGCAGUAUAUAUUUGGAGAUUUUAGCCCUGAUGAAUUCAAUCAGUUCUUCGUGACUCCUCGCUCCUCAGUUGAGCUCCCUCCGUACAGUGGGACAGCUCAGUGUGGCACACAGGCUGCAGAUGACUUACCUGAUGGGCAAGAAUAUCAAAGAAUUGAGUUUGGUGUUAAUGAAGUAAUUGAGCCCAGUGAUCCCCUGCCAAGAACAACCCCCAGCUACAGCAUUUCAAGCACACUGAAUCCUCAGGCCCCUGAGUUUAUUCUUGGCUGUACAGCUUCCAAAAAAACCCCUGCUGGCAUAGAUAAAGAUGCCAACUACAGUCCCAUUGACUGCCAGUACCCAGGCUCUGCCCUGGUUUUGGAUAGCAAUUCUAACGUGGAGGCAGAAGUCUUGGAAAGUGAUGUCGCAGGUGGCCUUGGACAAAGGGAGCGUAAAAAGAAGAAGAAGCGGCCACCUGGAUAUUAUAGCUACCUGAAAGACGGCGGCGAUGAGAGUAUUUCCCCAGAAGCCUUGGUCAAUGGCCACGCCAACUCCGCGGUUUCCAAUAGUGGCGGCAUGGAGGACACAGACUUCAUGGGGGAUGUGCUCCUGUCGGUUACGCCCAGGACUUGUAACAGCCCCCAGAACUCUAUGGACUUCAUGAGUGACGCUGUGCCUGGCAGUCCUUUCCCUGGAGCACUGGAUGGUGGCGAGGCCAGGACUGCAGGGCCACCCGAGGGCUGCCAUGGGACUGACCGUGAGCAGCCCUGCCUCCCUGCAGACAGCCUGCUAAGGACAGCAGUGGCACAGCCCUACCCUGGCCCCUGUACUACUGAGGACCUUCCAGUUGCUAAUGGACAAAUACUUGAAUCCUCGGGCGAGGGCACAGCUGCCAACGGGGUGGAGUUGCACACCAUAGAGAGCAUAGACUCGGACCCUGCUAAGCUUGGGAGCGCAACCCCUCCUGCCGAAAGCGCGGUUUCUGCGUCGGGCGCCAUUCCCAUUAGUCAGCCUGCCAAGUCCUGGGCCAGCCUCUUUCAUGAUUCUAAGCCCUCUUCCUCCUCGCCUAUGGCGUUUGUGGAAACUAAAUGUUCCCCUCCCGCCCCAUCUCCCCUGGUCUCUGAAAAGCAUAUUGAAGUCAAAGAAGGGCUCGUUCCAGUUUCAGAGGAUCCCGUAGCCAUAAAGAUUGCAGAGCUGUUGGAGAAUGUAACCCUAGUGCAUAAGCCCGUGUCGUUGCAACCUCGGGGGCUGAUCAAUAAAGGAAACUGGUGCUACAUUAAUGCUACACUGCAGGCCCUGGUUGCCUGCCCUCCGAUGUACCACCUGAUGAAGUUCAUCCCUCUGUACUCCAAAGUGCAAAGGCCUUGCACGUCCACGCCCAUGAUAGACAGCUUUGUUCGGCUAAUGAACGAGUUCACUAACAUGCCAGUGCCCCCCAAGCCCCGGCAAGCUCUUGGGGAUAAAAUCGUGAGGGAUAUCCGCCCUGGAGCUGCCUUUGAACCCACAUACAUUUAUAGACUCCUGACGGUGAUCAAGUCGAGUCUGUGUGAGAAGGGCCGGCAGGAGGAUGCCGAGGAGUAUUUAGGCUUCAUUCUCAAUGGACUUCACGAGGAGAUGCUGAGCCUGAAGAAGCUCCUCUCGCCCAACAGCGAAAAAGUGAGGAUUUCCAAUGGGCCCAGAAGCUACUUGGUCAAUGAGGAGGAGCAGGAAGAUCAAGGCGCAGGAAGUGAGGAUGAAUGGGAGCAGGUGGGUCCUAGGAAUAAGACCUCGGUCACCCGCCAGGCCGACUUCGUCCAGACACCAAUCACCGGCAUCUUUGGAGGACACAUCAGGUCUGUGGUUUACCAGCAGAGUUCAAAAGAAUCUGCCACUUUGCAGCCGUUUUUCACGCUGCAGUUGGACAUCCAGUCUGACAAGAUCCGCACUGUCCAGGACGCACUGGAAAGCUUGGUGGCCAGAGAGGCUGUCCAAGGCUACACCACGAAAACCAAGCAGGAGGUGGAGAUCAGCCGGAGGGUGACUCUGGAAAAGCUGCCUCCUGUCCUCGUGCUGCACCUCAAGCGAUUCGUCUACGAGAAGACUGGCGGCUGCCAGAAGCUGGUCAAGAAUAUCGACUAUCCCGUGGACUUGGAGAUCAGCAAAGAACUGCUUUCUCCAGGGGUUAAGAAUAAGAAUUUUAAAUGCCACAGGACGUAUAGGCUAUUUGCGGUGGUCUAUCACCAUGGCAACAGUGCCACAGGUGGCCAUUACACUACGGACGUCUUCCAGAUCGGGCUCAACGGCUGGCUGCGUAUCGAUGACCAGAUGGUCAAGGUGAUUAACCAGUACCAGGUGGUGAAGCCGACUGCUGAACGCACAGCCUACCUCCUGUAUUACCGCCGCGUGGACCUGCUGUGACCCCUGUGUGUGUGUGUAUGUGUGUGUGCGCACGCGUGUGUGUGCGUGUUUGUGUGUGUGUCGUGUGCCUGAUGCCGCUUUGUAGGCCGUUAACUCUCACUAACUUCCUGCCUCUCGUAGUGGCUCCUUAGAGAGAAACUUUCUCCCUCUUGCAGAAUUGGGCUAGAAUGAAGAGGAGAUGCUUGGGUUUGUGCAGCCUAGUUUAUGUUGCCCUCCACCUUCCAAAUCAAAAUCAUUUGGUUUAAACAGACUGUCUCUUGAUUUAAGAAAAUCCACAACAACUUGUUGUACUUGUGAAUAACGCCGAUUCCUGAGAUAAAGGAACCCGCAUUUGAUCCCAGUUUAAUUGCUUAGUAGAAUAAGCCCUGCACCAGCAACACUUGUAAAUUUGUGAAAAUGAAUUUUAUCUUUCCUUAAGAAAUUAAAUUUUUUAAUCCAUUACACUUCCUUCCCCUACCCUUUAGUUUUUGAUAAAUGAUAAAAAUGAGCCAGUUAUCAGAGAAGAAAUAGUUCUUACUCCAAACAGAAAAUAGACAAAACAGAAGCCCCCUUUUCAGCCCCCGCCCCCCCCCCCCCCCCAGGAGAAGUGUCGUAAGGACUGCAGUGAGACUUGCUCCCGCACCUGCGCAGAUGAGGUACUUGGAGGCUAAGCUGUUAGGCCCGGUAGAUGGGUGAUGGGAACGUGAUUGCCACCGGAAGGCUUGGGCUGCACUCCUGCCGCUGUGCUCCGUGCCCGCAGGCCCAGUGCCGAGGGCUGGCCUCUCCCGAGUCUGCUGUCCCCCCGACGCCGCGUCCCCCCUCGUGCCCAGUGUAGUGAUGCCUAGGAACUAAAAGUUAUCACCCAUCAAUAAAAAUCACAAAGUUGGUUUAAAGCUG